AUGGGAGGCGCCCGGCAGAGACCCGGGGUGGGGAGGGGAAAGGGGAGAGGAAGGAGCCGGUCGAGGGUGGGCCCAGAGGCCCGGGUCGGCACCUCCCUGGCGAGCCUUACGGAACCAGCCAGGCGGCACCGCGGUCCUGCCUUUCGGUCCAGGUUCACGGCGUCAGCAGCCCAACGCCACCCUCCGCUAACGCCCGAGCCCGGUCCCCACCCCCACCCCCGCUCCGCGAACGCGCCAAGGGAAGGGCCGGCCCCGCGGACCAACCGCGGCGAUAGCAGCGCGACCCCGCGCCCCACGCCGCCUGGAGGCCCGCGGGGCUCCCGCCCAGCCUUACCCCGCCUGCGACCGCCUGGCUCCCCGCGCUGCUCCGCGGCCGCCGACGCGCGGGACGUCACACGCCGCGGCGGGGGGAUGGGGAGCGUGCCCCACCCCCACCGCCACCCUCGCCGGACCCUUCCUGAGCUCCGGCCUCCGGUGCGGGGCCCGGCUGACACGCCAGGCGGACUGAUGCUGAAGCUGAAACUCCAAUAUUUUGCUACCUGAUGUGAAGAACUGACUCACUG